CAAACCAAGAAAUUCAGAAAAAUGGAGAGAAAAGCUGAUCAUGCUACUGCCAACCGCACCUACGAUGAGUUUGAUCCAGUCUUUAACUGGAAAAGCGAACAAGGAUUCGAAAUUCUCACAAUUAACCUUCCAGGGUUUAAGAAAGAGCAACUUAAAGUGCAAGUAACCUCAACGAGGAAGGUGAGAGUGAUGGGGGAACGUCACGCAGGAGCCACCAGAUGGAUCCGUUUCCGCAAGGAGUUCCCUAUUCCGGCUAACGUCAAUGCUGACUCCAUUGCUGCCAUAUUCCAAGGCACAAGUCUUGUUGUGAAGCUCCCUAGACUAGAGCCAGCGGGGAAACAAACUUCUCCCAUUGGUAUAACCGCAAGACCUCCCCCGGUUCAUAAGGAAACCGAGAAGGUACAACCAACAAAGCCAUCUGGAGAGGAAGACAAGAAACAGGCUGAGGAAGGAGGAGCUCUUAAAGGUGAAGAGAAGGGAAACGUUUGUGAUGGAGUUAAGAAAGAUUAUAGAAGUAAAAUGAAUGCAUACAAGGAGAAUCUUGGAGGAUAUAUGGCAAUGAUGAAGAAUAAUCAGAGAGAAAUCACAAUUGGUAUGGUUGCUCCAGCGGCUGCGGUUCUGUUGCUGUCGAUUGGAUUCUAUGCUAGCCAAAUGUUUACUUCUUAAUAAGCUCUAUAAAGAUUUCUCAAA